AUGACAUAUGGAUAUAUUCCACUCAAUAACAAUAUCGCAUCCACUGCAUCGCUCGACGACUGUGUGCAAGAAUGUUAUCGAGAAGGAUUCAAAUGUCAAGGAUUCACCUAUCAGCGUUCCAAUCCAACGUGCUCCUUGAUAAGACAAUUCUUCACGGAUGCUCACCCAGGUGGUCCAGGUAUGAUCGCUCAAGGAACUGUUUAUGUGAAAGAUGCAUUCGAAAAUUUCCAUCAAGGCGGCGAAUGCAACAUAAAGGGAACAUUCCAUCAGCUCGUGAGUGCGAUGAUGUUCUGUGACAAAGGAUGGGUUUAUUAUGAAGAAACGAAGUCUUGCUAUCUUCCGAUAUAUACCACUGAGUGGAACAAAUACAGCUUUGAUGAAGCUAUUGCGGGUUGUCGUCAACAUAAUUCAACCGUCGCAUCGGUGCAUUCAGACGAGGAAAACAGUUUUAUCAAAAAAGAGAUAUUCCACUCGACCGAUAUGUAUUGGCUCGGUGGUAAACAAGAUACCGCAGAAUCAGAGUGGUACUGGCAAGAUAACUCAACGUUCGACUAUACUAAUUGGAUUCCGGGCGAACCAAACAACCUUAACCCACCGUUUCCGAUGUGUUUAUUUCCCUAUUAUUCUCCUGGCUGGUAUGAUAAUACUUGUACUGGAGACGGUUAUCAACCGUGCAGUUUCAUAUGCAAAAAGAAUGCGAGUCCGGUUCCACUCAAUAAAUUCGAAUCAAUUGAGAGAGCGCAAGGACACGCGGAAACAACCGUGCACCCUAAAGGGCGCUUCAGUGGUCGUAUGGAUUCAGGAGGAGAUCUCUAG